AUGUAAUGUUCAAAUUGAUCCAUUCGUUUGAGGCGAUACACUUGCACUGCGGGAUGUGUGUUGAGGGAAAGGGAAUGUUAAGACGAUACACCUUUAAUCUGUGUUGCCUACAAUGGACAGUGAGUGUGUACGAUAGAGAAGGGAGGUUAUCCGCGUCCCAUUGACCCAACUUGUGCACCAACCGCGCUGCCUCCACCUUCACUUGCAUAGCCCGCCUUAACCUGCAAACCGGUCCGCCUGGGCAAAACACUCCGGCAGGCAACCUUGACUUUUCCUUUCCACCAAUCAUCGUCCAGACCGUCAGACCCACGAAAGAAAAGAUCGAGAAAAACCGCCAAGCGCGUCAGGUAUAUAUGCGUGUGUUCACCGACUGGGAGCACAAUCAUCUCCACCACCGCCGCCGCCACCGCCGCCGCCAAUACCACACCAUGAACGCCAAGGUGCUGCUCCUCCUGGCCCUCGCCGCCGCUGCCGUCGCCGAUGACUCCGGUUCUCGCGAGCGCUCCUACGGCCGCUACGACGACUCCGAGUCCUACGAGUCCGACGAGGCCAAGUACGACUUCAGCUACCAGGUGAAGGACUACUACGGUAACGACUUCGGCCACAGGGAGAGCCGCGAUGACGAGUACACGCAGGGCUUCUACUACAACCACCUGCCCGACGGCCGCCUGCAGAAGGUGACCUACUACGUGGACGGCGACUCCGGCUACGUGGCCGACGUCAGCUACGAGGGCGAGGCCCGCUACGACUCCGACUCCAGGGAGUCCGGGGAGUCCUACUACUAUGGCAGGGACUCCAACGAGUCUAAGUAGAUCUAUUCCUAUGGAGCUAAGGAACUCUUAUUCCUAUGAGCCCUGCGAGCCCGGCUUCCUCACGGCUUCAACGAAUUAAUGUUUGUAAUCGUCAUUUAGUGCAAGUAGUCCUGCCCAGCGUACUGAGGCGCCAUCACCGUCAUCGCCAUCACCAUCACCGUCACCGUCACCGUCAUCGCCGCGUCGACACAGGCGACAGGGUCGUCUUCACCUUCUCAUCAUGCUGCCUGCUGCGUCAGGUCUUGUCAUACCAUUCAUAAAUACACGUAAGAAACUCAAAGAA